AUGUGCGCCCUCUCGUCAUCGUCAUCUUCGUGCACCUCCUCGUCCGUCGUCGUCGUCGUCGUCGGUGGUGGUGGUGGUGGUGGUGGUGGUGGUGUGUAUCGCCGUCCGAGGCGUCGUCGUCAUGCCCUCAUCCGAGUCGUUGGUGGCAUCCGAAUCGUGCCCCUCGUCGUCGUCGUUGGUGGCGUUGAAAAAAGAAGAGAAAACCCCCUCUUCGCAAUCAUGGCCUCCUCGCAAUCAUGUACAUAUUCAAGCUCCUUUCUUCAUCUUGACAUGUAUUCCUUUCCUCAUCACUACAUGUAUUCCCUUCCUUCGCUUGCCAACUUGAGGGAAGGAGGGUUCAUGGGCUGGUGGUGUAAUAAUGAGUGUGUCUACAGCGGGGUCUAG